AAUAAUAUGCUUGAAUUACGUCUUAUUCUCGUGUACAACUUCAGACCUAGGAGCCCUGCCUAUUCGUUGUCGGAAAUUUUGAGAUUCGAAUUCGCAUAAGGAUGUAAUAAAAUUAAGUAACUUGGUUGCUAUGUAACAAAUCUCUACCGUUUUUUCUCCAAUGGAUUAAUUUAACGUUUUUCUCUAUAUUGUCGGUACUUAAUAAAACCUGAACUUAAAUUCGCUAAAAGGUUAUAUCGAAUAAUUAGCUGUAUCCGAGACGCACCUAGGAGAGGAGUAAAUUGUAGCAUUAGCUAUGAAAAAACCAGGUCUUUACAAGUUCUUUAUCGAAAGAACGUAUAAGUUAUUGAGCAUAUCAUGAAAUGGCAAAAGCGAGGUAAAUGAGAAAGUUUAGAUAUAACUAUCUCACUCAUACUCAUGUAUAACACGUAAAACGACAAGAUGGCGGACAUAUCGCUCGAAAUGAAAUAUUCGCACGCCACCGCGCACUGCGCAGGGCAUUCGAUGACACACUGUUCUUCGAGAAACUUCUUCGCGUGCUGCUGGAAUUUAAACCUGGAACAGCUGGACCAAGCGAAAGCAGUUGGCGUUAUAAUUGGUCAUUAAAACAACCGAUAUAUGGAAAUGCAGAAAAAUGCAAUUGAUUUUCGAUAGUGAUACAGAUGCCGACAUCAGGAAAGUAAAUAUGGCAGUCAUUAAUUCAGAAAAUAUUAAUGAAAAAUUUUCCAGUGACAGAUUGCUCGAUAAAUUAAGUCAAAACGAAUGUGUAGAAGAUGUAAAGAAAUCGGCUGAUGAUGAAGUCACCAGUACUGAUAAUAUAGAAAACAACUCGGAUACGGGAAUUGAUUCGAUUAAAAACCAUGCUAAAAUAGAUACCGUAUUUCAGGAUCAUACCGUAAAAAUAGAAAAUGAAGAAGACUCAAAAAAUAUUAUUCCAGAAAUAGUAAACAAUCACGAAAAGUCCAAUUUAAAUACACAUAGCAAUGAAUCCGACAAAAAAGGUGUUCUUGAGCUUAAAUUACCAUCGGAAUUAAAAGAAAAAGUUGAAACUGAGUGCAACGAAAAAGACAUUUUACGGGUGAAUAUGUCAGAAGUGUGCAAUCAAAAAGAAACAGUCAAAACUGAUAUUAAAAAUUCAUCUUCAUUCUGUUCUAAAGAAGAAAUUGAUGAAGAAAAUGCGACACCACUAAUAAUAACUUUAAAUGAUAGCUUGGAAAAAAUGGAUGUUGAUAAAGAUCAAGAAAGCAAUGCUGAAAUUUCUACAAUAAAUAUUGAAGUAAGUUCAAUUGAACAGUCUUCCAAGAACAAUAUUGAAAAUAAAACAUUGAGUGAGAGAAAAAUUGAUUUAGGAAACGAAUCGGUUAAUGCAGCACUGCCGCACUCCGAAGACUCGCCAAAUAAAUUAAAUGAUCAUGUUAAACAUGAUGCAGUAAAUAUUAAUAAUAAUGUAGAUUUAAUUGUAGAGAGUUCUAAUGUUAAACUAGAUAAGUCACCUAAAAAAGAAGUAGCAAAAUGCGAAACAUUUAUGCCCAUGGCCGUAAGCGAUGAAAAUGUUAAAACAGACAUUACUCAAGUAACAGGUGAAACUCACGUAGACACAAACACUAUUGAAAUUAAUGAUGACAGUUCUCAGGACGAUAUAAGUCAAAAGGAACCCUCAGUUAACAAUUCCACUUCAGUUUCUCCUACAAAUAAAGAUGAUAAGCUAAAAGGAAAUAAUGUCUCGUCGCUUCAUACUAAAAAUACUAAAGACGAAUUAUCAAAAAGCAGCGUCAAAGAAUUAGGUAAUUUAAAUGAAAAAGACGAAUCUGUUUGUAUAACUAAGAAAGAUGCCAAUAAUCUGAUGAAUAAACCGAAGAUUGAAGAAGAUAAAUCUUUAGAUAGUAAUGUACAAAGUAGGUCAUCUAUAGAACAAAAGAAAGAAAUUCAAGUAUCCCUUAAUAGUAAGUUGUCUAAUACUUUAGAUAUUUUAUCUGAUGAUGAUGAUAAUCAAGUAAGUGGACAAAAUAAUGAUCUUCAAGAAACAAUCAAACAAUGUAUUAAUGUAGAAGAGGAUGAUGAUAUUUUAUUAAUUGAUGACGAAGACACCUCCAGCGGAGAAAAGAAAAUCCCAGCAAAUAACUUAUCACUUAUACCUGCAGAGGAUGUUAAAGAAAUACUAGAAAAUAAUCAAGUUCAUUCAGAAGUGAAACUUGAAAAGGAAACCAAUAAUUUGGCGGUUGCAAAAGAUAUGAAUGAAUCAGAUGUAAAGGAUGAAAAAGAUACAGCAGAAUCUGAUACAGUAAAGGUGAAAAAUGAAGCAGAGAUACCAUCUCCUCCUCCAGUUAAACCUCUGUUGCCUACAAACUUUUUGUCACUAUGCAAGAAAAACGUCUCUGAAAUGACUCGGAAUGAUCUAGAAGAAUUCUGUAUUAUGAAAAUAGUGGAAAGCGUAGUUGAUAGGGGUAACAUCGGCGAUAUGAAAUCACAAUUAAAGAAAAUGGCUGUAUCUUUAGAUGACCAUAGAAAUAAAAUUAAGUCGAUUACAAAACAAAAUCAAGAUCUCCAAGUAAUUUUAAGAUCGGUUCAGGAAGCAUGCCGAAAAAAUUCGUUAGUAACUCCAUUAAAAAUUACACGUUCUGUCGGUAUUCAAGUCGUGAUGGCCGAGAAGUCUAAACAAAAAGCUUCAAGUCAAAAUAAUGCAAUAACAACCUCGCCAGCAAAGCCCGUACGCUCUCCAUCGCUACAGAACAAGUCAAAACAAAAUACAACACCUACACAAAAUAUACCAGUUCCAAGACUUGUACCAGCAAAAAGUUCACCUAGCAACAUAGUGCAAAAUCAGACUCCAAAUAAUAAAGUGCCAAUCAAUGUACAACCCACAUCUUUAAGGCCAGCAGCACCAAGACCAGAAAAAAGGCCUUUCUCUAAAAGUCAAACUGGUUCUGAUACUGUUGACUUAACAGAUGAUGAGCCUCCAAACAAAGUGGUAACCAGACCUGGAAAUCAAGCUGUACGAGUGAUAUCACCCCAAAAUCUUAUGCCACCACAGCGGGUUCCCAUGGUGAAUAGUCCUAGAAAAGUUUACAUUCCAAUAGGUAGUGGCCAGGUUGCCAAUAUUCGUCCUACGCAGCAAGGUUAUAUGGUUAAACCUGGUAAUAAUCAAAAUGUGAGACAAAGAGUUCCUGGCAUGAGAAGGUUCCAUCCAGCGCCAUUACCUGAAAGUGGUAAACAGUACCAGGCACUUAGUUGGAAAGCAAUACCACCUGCACCAGAGAUAAAGCUGUCUAAAGUUGAAAAUGGAAUAGUAAUAUCUUGGAAAUUAGAUAGUUAUAGAGAAGAGGUUCAUGAAAACAUUGCCAGUUAUCAAAUAUACGCCUAUCAAGAAACGCCAUCUCCUCCUAGCACAAAUUUGUGGAAGAAAAUAGGAGAUGUAAAGGCUUUACCACUGCCAAUGGCAUGCACAUUGACACAAUUUGUACCAGGCUUUAAAUACUAUUUUGCAGUUAGAGCAGUUGACGUCAGAUCGCGGCAAGGAUCGUUUAGUAAUCCUGGCAACAUAAUGCUUUUGAACAAAUAGUCUAAAAUAAGACUGAUUACCUUUUUAGAUCUAUAUUGACUUUGUAAAUAAAAGUGAUUGAAUGUUGUAUCUAGCACAUUAUUUGUACAUACUACUCAAGCCGGAAAUAUUGACUAUAUUUUCGUUUUUAGCUUAUGUGAAUUAAACUUUAAGUAGUUAUUAAAUAAAAAAAAGUUAUUAUCA